GGCCCUUAGACCCUUCGGUCCAAACAAGACCUUCGGUCCAAACAGGCCCUUCGGCCCAAAACUUAGAAAAAUUUCCUAAGUCUCAAAAUUAGACCACUUCGGCCCUUAGACCCUUCAGUCAAAUCAGGUACUUCGAUCUUGAAGUGUAUGCUUCAUCCGAAGCCAACCCUUCGACCACGACAAGUACUUCACGCGCGAAGUACACUUCAAGCAUCUUCAACCGAAGUAAGGUCAAAAAAAAAGAAUACACUUCAAGCAUUCACAACAAAGUAGAGCGAACUGAAUAUGGAAAGAGAAAGAUAUCAUUACCAAAAGAUACUUAACCGUUCAUACAAAAAAAAAAAAAAAAAAAAAAUAUUGAAGUUAAAUGUCUUCGGUUGAAGGUGGCAGCUCCGUCUCUGAAGGUUCAUGCAGGGUAGCUUCUGGCAAGAUCGGUUCAGGAGGAUUUGGGAGAAUCACCUUCGGUAGGGAUGACAUGAGGGGGAUCUUCAUCCGAAGUGACUACGGUAAGAUCAACAGUGGAAGGAUGUUCAUCCCCAUCCUCGAAAUCUUCUUCAGAAUUCUCGUCAUCUUCAGCCUGUCGACGAACUUCUUCCUCAGCCCUAGCAAGUUCAGCAUAUAUCUCCUCUUUGGACUCCUCCAGUCCGUCCUUUCCAACCAAAACCGGGCAAAGCUUAUCAAGAACACUUGGAUCUUGCCCAGCCUCAAUUAGAGC